UGAAGAACUGGAAGGGAGGAGGAGAAAAGGGAAAGGGAGGAGGAGAUCCGGAGAAAAGUUUGAAAGGAAUAGAGAGACGGUUCAGUGGCUCGAGGGGAAAGAAUAAGUGGAGGUGGAAAUUGAAGGCACUAACGAGUCAAAGUGGCUCUGUCUCUCUGUGUGUGUGUGGAUUUUACUGGUCCCGGGUAGCGGCUCGCCUAGCCUCGCGCCCGCUGCUGAGCGUUGUCGGGCGGGUUAGAUGAGUUGGACUUCACGAUGAGGAGCGACCCUGUUCUCUUCUCUUCCAGCAGGGCGAUGGAGGAGCUGGUGUGUGAGCUGCGUCUGUUCCUGGACCUGUUGGACCGGGAGUAUCUGAGCGCCGGGGUUAGAGAGAAGAAGAUACACCUGUCCAACAUCCUGCUCAGAGUCCUCUCAGAAAAAGAGCCUUCAUUCAAGUCCGAGAUCCACAGUGGUCUGCCGGCCCCGCCUCAGAUGCCCCUGCCCGAGAUCCCUCAACCCUGGCUGCCUCCAAACAACGCCCCCCCGCCACUGCCCAGCUCCUCCCUACCAGAAGGCUACUAUGAGGAAGCGGUUCCUUUAAGUCCCGGAAAGGCUCCUGAAUACAUCACAGCUAACUAUGACUCGGACGCCAUGAGCAGCUCCUACGAGUCGUACGACGAGGAAGAGGAGGACGGGAAGGGCCAGAAGAUGCGUCACCAGUGGCCGUCUGCCGAGGCGUCCAUGGAUCUGGUGAAGGACUCUCGGAUCUGUGCAUUCCUUCUGCGCAAAAAGCGCUUCGGCCAGUGGACCAAGCUCCUGUGUGUCAUCAAAGAUAACAAACUACUGUGUUACAAGUCGUCCAAAGACCAGACCCCCCAGAUGGAGCUGACCCUGUCGGGGUGCAGCAUCACUCACAUCCCAAAAGACGGCAAGAAGAAGAGGCACGAACUGAAGAUCGUCCACCAAGGAGCGGACGCCCUGGUGCUGGCUGUGCACAGCAAAGAACAGGCCGAGGAGUGGCUCAAGGUGAUGAGAGAGGUGUGUGCUAAUGGGGGUGUAGACCUGGAUGGGGCUGGAUCUGGAUCACCAGUGCACAAACCUGAACUGGAAAAGAAGACAUCGUGUGACAGGCCGAGCUCCGACGGUGAAGCCCCGCAUGAGAACGGACACAGCGACUGCAAGGACCAAGGAAAAGGAAAGAAGAGCUCAAAGUCGGAGCAGAAGACUGGGACGGUGGGGAAGGGAGCAGGGAAGAAGAUCACCAAAAUCAUCGGCCUGGGUAAGAAGAAGCCGUCCACAGAUGAGCAGACCUCGUCGGCAGAAGAAGACGUACCCACAUGUGGCUACCUGAACGUGUUGUCCAAUAACCGUUGGCGGGAGCGCUGGUGCCGCCUGAAAGACAACCAGCUGCUCCUUCACAAGGACCGAGACGACCUGAAGAGCCACAUCGCCUCGCUGCCCCUCGGAGGCUGCGAGGUCAGCCCCGGCCUGGAUCACAAGCACCCCUUCGCCUUCCGCCUGCUGCGUAACGGCCAGGAGGUCGCUGUGCUGGAGGCCUCGUCCUCUGAGCAGAUGGGGCGCUGGUUGGGGAUUCUACUGGCCGAGACGGGCUCCACCACCGACCCCGCCACCCUGCACUACGACUACAUCGACGUCGAGACCACCGCCAAUGUCAUCCAGCUGGCCAAGCAGUCCUUCUGUUUCACCAGUAAGCGCGCUGUCUCUCCCAACCGGUACCUGGAGAACCCAGUCAACGGCUACGCCUGCCCCACCGGCGUGGCUCUGCACUACGAUGAUGUGCCCAUUAAUGGGAUGGACCCGGAGGCGCAGUACUCCCGUCCCAGCACAGGGGGGCGCCAGCUGAAAGAGGAGCUGCACUAUGAGAACACUGAGCUCUAUGAGAACAUGCCCUCGCCAAAGCGGGACACUCGCCUUCCUCCCAAGUCUUCCUCUUCUACUUCUUCCUCCUCCACCUCUGCCAGUCACUACAAAGCCCCUGUUUCUAAAAUCUCUUCUAAGUUCCUCACUGCUGAUACUAAAACUAAAGCCACUGCUCAGCUGAAGGGAAAGAAGGGCGCAGGGGCCAAUGGGACGGCCUCCAAACAGAAGGCCGAGCCUAAGAACCAGCCUAAGAAGAACGGGGUCAACGGGACAGCGUCCCUGAAACGCAACAGCUCCAACGCGGAGCAGUGUAAGUACGGCAAGAACCGGGUGGAGGCGGAUGCCAAGCGGCUGCAGGGCAGGGAGGAGGAGCUGAUGAAGAAGAAGCAGGAGAUCAGGAACCACCUGAGCGUGCUGAAGAAGGACCGGAGGGAGCUGCGCGCGGCCGUGGAAGCUGCAGCCGGUACCAGCAAACGGUCACUGGCGUCGCUGUCGGAGCGCCUGAAGAAGGUGGAGGACGACUGCAAGCAGAGGGAGGAGGAGCGGGUGAACCUGGAACUGGAGCUGACGGAGGUGAAGGAGAGCCUGAAGAAAGCCCUGAGCGGCGGGGUCACCCUGGGCCUCACCAUCGAACCCAAGGCCGGCUCCUCGAGAGUCCAGUCCCCGGCGAUGUUGCGGCGGACCCAGGAGUCGUCCCCCUUCUCCAGCUGCGACACCAGCGACACCGAGUCCUGCUCCCUGCCGGUCAACAGCGCCUCGCUGCUGCGCCGGCAGCCCGGCGUCCAGAAGGCCUUGUCCGCCCGGGGGGACGUCCUCAGGAAGGCCAAGGAAUGGGAGCAGAAGACCGGCACAUAAACCGCCCAACCCCUCACAGCACACGUACUUUCAUUCCUCUCUUCUUGUUAAGACCUUGUGUAUAUAUUUAUUUAAAACUGUCCAUACGGUCUGAGAUUGUGUUGAGGAGCACACAAGCAUGAACAAAGCCAGUUUUAGCAUACUGUCCGUACCGCUACGACGCAACCUUUUCACACUGUUCGACCAGUGAGCUUAAUGUCCGAAGUUGUGCGACUUGUGUUGUUUGCUGCACUUUCUUUUUAAGCGAACCCCGUUUUUCUCCCUUUUUCCACCCACACGCCAUCCAGCAGGUUGACGGUUUGGGUUCGAAAAAGGUCUACGAUCAAAAGCCAGUAUUUAUUUGUAAAUGUUUAGAGGAAAUAGUAGCUUCCCUUUAUUUAUGUUGAUAUAUUUAAA